AUGCAGGCAGAUCAGCUGACCGAGGAACAGAUUGCUGAGUUCAAGGAGGCGUUCUCACUCUUCGACAAAGAUGGCGAUGGCACCAUUACCACCAAAGAGUUGGGCACAGUCAUGCGCUCACUGGGUCAGAACCCCACUGAGGCUGAGCUCCAGGAUAUGAUCAACGAGGUCGACGCUGAUGGCAACGGAACUAUAGACUUCCCAGAGUUCCUAACCAUGAUGGCGAGGAAAAUGAAGGACACGGACAGUGAAGAGGAAAUCCGAGAAGCUUUCAGAGUCUUCGACAAGGAUGGAAACGGCUACAUCAGUGCAGCCGAGCUGCGUCACGUCAUGACCAAUCUGGGCGAGAAGUUGACCGACGAGGAAGUGGACGAGAUGAUCCGAGAGGCGGAUAUCGAUGGAGACGGUCAAGUCAACUAUGAAGAGUUUGUCCAGAUGAUGACUGCAAAGUGAAGGAUUAUCUUAUCCUGUAUCUCUCUUUCUCUCUUACAUUGCUUGUCCUACUAAGAUCACUCUGUCUUUAAAAAGAAAAAAAAUCUAAAGUUUACUUCAGAGAGUAUUAGAAUGUCAAAUUCUGUGAUCUCUUACCAAAAGAGAAAAAAAAAGAAAAAACUAAAUUCAGAAGCAAUUUGUGAAAUAUACUAGCAGAAUUGUCCCAGCAGAAGUGAAUGGACCAAGCAUAACUGCAUGAGCCCUUUUGGAGCAAACGUCUCCAGACCUGACAAAAAUUUCGAGGACAGAACGUCUCUUUAGUCGCACACGAGUUGAAGUCCAUGCCUAGUACGGCAGCAUUUAAUAUGCAGAGGACAUCUCCUUUCAUGAGUGUUCUUUCAUCGCACCAAAAUAGAGUAAAUAUAUCAAAAAACUAUAUUAAUAAUGCUAAAACAUUGUGGUAAUUAGUCCAGGGUCACAGUGCUGCCUUCAAUACAAACUGAGCGGAAACUUUUGCGUGUGACCCCUGUGGUGAAGUCAUGCUUACAGUACGUGUAUUGCCUUCUCCUUUUAAAGACUCGGAACGGAACGAAAACUGGAUGUUUAUGAAGACGUGCUCAUUGUAAAAACCCGACGUCAUACUCAUACUCUGCGGUUUAAUGGCGCCGUACGACUUGAAGCGUGUCUUUAUGGGCUGUAAGGCACGUAGCCUACUUGGUUGACCGUGGUUAUCGUCAGCUGGUUUAAACCUUUAUUUUAAUGUGGGUUUUGUCUCUGAAGACUUCAAACUUUGUGGGAGCGUGGAGAUGUGAAGUAUGUACAGCAGAACGUGACGGAACGACGCAAAUAGCAUAACUGUAAAAAUAUAGUUACAUAGAUAAUCAGUGUUAUGCUUUAUAAAUGUACUGUUCUGCGAUUAUUAACGUCUGGUAAACUUCGCAUUGCAUAUUGUUAUUCUAGUUAGGUCUGUGACUUUCGUUUGAUUCAUGGUCUUGAAAUGUGCCAUAUUACUCGUAAGCCUCAACUUUCUUGCAAGAGAUCUUGGUGUCAACUAACUAUGUUAUCAAUCUGUGAAUAUACACACAAAUAUCUCUAUAUAUUUGCACUUUGGUGUAGAUUAUACAUUCAAACACAGAAGAACCAACUGCGUCUUUCUCCUGUUCUCGUGGGUUUCACACCUCUUGUUGUCAAGUGCUCCAAAUUUCAUUUGCGCUCUGCUUGCGAGACGACGGAUAAAGGUGAAACUGUCUUGAGGGGUGGAUCAACGAUGUAUUGAAUUAUGUUGCUUGCUAUGGUCUCAUAAUUGUUUUGUUUUUUUCUUGCCAAAACAUAUUACUCCUGUGGAAGAGCUUUACAUAGCAUAUCUUACUCUAUUCUGGACUUGAGAGUUUCAUGUUGGCUGGGUUAGAAAACGAGCGACAGGACGGGGAAUACUCAACAUGUGAAAUCUGUAUGGAUAAUAUGUGAAAUAUGUAUCUGUGUUUUACAAUAAAAAAAUAAAUGUAUACGUUUAUGCAUAUA